UUAGUAUUAUGGUUAUUAUUAUUAUUGGUAGUAGUAGUUGUAGUAGUAGUAGUAGUAUUGUUAUUAUUAUUAGUUGUAUUAGUAUUAUUAUUAGUAAUAGUGUCAUAUACUAUAGUAUUACUGCUCUGUGCAUUUUAUUAGGAGUGCUCCAGGACGAAUGAGGACGUGUCACCUGUCAGCUGUCACUAUGGCUCGCGCUCUGUCGUCUCUGGAGUUGCUCCUCGCCGUUGUGUCAUCUCUUCUUCUGCUGUGUUGUGUCGGACUGAUCGUGGUUUCUUGGAUCAGCCUGAAGCCUGAAGGUGCUGUGGAGCCGGCGGUACUGAGCGGUCGGAUGGUGAUCACAGAGGGAGCAGUGUUCUCUGAAGAGCUCAACAACUCAAGCAGUCUGAACUUUAAAUCUCUGGCCUUUGACGUCCAAAGCCUGGUCUCUGAGGCGUUCAGUCACAGUGAGCUCCAGCGUCUCUUCAAGUCCUGUCAGGUUUUAUCUUUCAGUCAGGGCAGUGUGGUGGUGAACUUUGAUGUCUCGUUCAAUCAGCUGAUUGAUGUAAAGGAGGUGGAGCAGCAGCUGGGGGCGGGGCUUCAGGAGGCCGGACCCACGGGAUUGAUGAUUGACAGGAACAGCAUCCAGAUCACAGACAAACAAGACGAGACGACAGCUGCACCGACCACUGCACCGACCGCUGCACCAACCACCACAACGACAGCCGCACCACCAACCGACGAGCGGAAGCUGACCUGUACCUUUGAGCAGGGCAUGUGUCUGUGGAGGCAGCAGCAGGACGAGGACGAUGGAGACUGGAUUCGAACCUAUGGCUCCACGUUUCCUCCACUGAGCGGCCCGAGUGUCGACCACACGCUGGGAAACAGCUCCGGUUUCUACAUUGUCACUCCGAUGAGUCCCGGCCAAUGGCUGAAGAGCUUCAGGAUCUACAGCCUCCCUCUGACUCCACACACUGAGCCCAUGUGUCUGAGCUUCUGGUAUCACAUGUUCGGAGAGGACGUCCACCAGCUCAGAGUCCUACUGCUCCAACCGUCUCCCGCCGUUACCGUGGCGUUCCAGAGAGACGGUAACUAUGGUGACAACUGGAACUAUGGCCAGCUGACCCUCAACCUGACGACAGAGACCAAGGUAGUGUUUGAAGCUCUGAAGGAAGGAGGGACGAGGAACGACAUUGCGCUGGAUGACAUCACACUGACCUCUGAUUCCUGUGGACCCGCCCCCCCUGAGCCAACCAAUGUACCGCCUCCAACGACCACACCCCCUGUACCAGCCGACUGUGGAGGACCCUUUGACCUCUGGGAGCCAAACUCCACCUUCAGCUCCCCAAAUUACCCACAAUCCUAUGGGAACAAGGCUAAAUGUCUGUGGACUCUCCACACCAGCGAGGGUCAGAACAUCCAGCUCCACUUCCUAGACUUUGAUGUUGAAGCAACCUAUGACGUCGUAGAGGUGCGGGAUGGGGCGGGGCCAAACUCCACCUUACUGGCUGUCCUCACUGGCAGCGACGGCCCCACCAAAGAUCUGUUCUCAACAACCAAUCAAAUCUCAGUCUGGUUCUUUACGGACAGCUCAGGUCACGGCCGAGGAUUCAAAGCCAACUUCACUUCCGGGGUCAACCUGGGGUCACCAGCUCCGUGUGCAGUCAGUCAGUUCCAGUGUCGGACAGGAAGUUGUAUCCAUGGUAACGGUCAGUGUGACGGUGAGGUCGACUGUCCCGACGCCUCCGACGAAGCCGACUGUGUUAUGAUGCAUGUGAACGGUUCCAGUCGUCUCCAGUUCCAAAUAGUUUCCUCUCUGUUUACCGUGUGUGCUGACACCUGGAACACUCACCUGUCUGUCUUCACCUGUCAGUACCUGGGAUACAGGUCUGGGAAAGCCACGUUGCUGCCAGCUCUGCCCCAAGAUUCUCCAUUUACAACCUUCACAGUCUCCAACGGGACCCUGGAGACUAGUAUCAGUAAAACGUGCAACAGCAAGAAAGUGGUUUCUCUGAGCUGUGACAACCAACCUUGUGGAGUCCAGCAACUCAUUAAUGAUACAAGCGAGAUGGACCAAUUGGAGAACACGAUACCAGGUCAAGGUGUGGUCAGAGUGGUGGGCGGAGUUAAUGCAGUUAAGGGGGCAUGGCCAUGGAUGGUGUCUUUGCAUUGGAGAGGGCGUCAUUUGUGUGGAGCCUUGCUGAUUGGAAGAGAUUGGCUGCUGACUGCAGCGCACUGCGUCUAUGGGAAGAACGUCCACCUCCAGUCUUGGUCGGCUGUUUUGGGUCUUCACUCUCAAAGUGACAUGAACUCUUUGGACGUUCAGACCCGACAAGUCGAUCGCAUCGUCAUCAACAGACAGUACAACAGACAAACUAAACAGGGUGACAUCGCCAUGAUGCAUCUGCAGCAGCCAAUCAACUUCACCCAGUCCAUCCAGCCGGUGUGUUUACCUGCUGAAGGUCAGAAUUUCGCUGCAGGAAGAAAAUGUUUCAUUGCUGGAUGGGGACGAGAUGCUGAGCAGGGUUUUCUCCCCGAUGUUCUACAGGAGGCCCAAGUUCCUCUAGUGGAUCAGGAUCAGUGUCAGCUGCAGUUACCUGAGUACACCAUCACCUCCAGCAUGCUGUGUGCAGGAUUCCCAGAGGGAGGAGUCGACACCUGUCAGGGCGACUCUGGAGGUCCGCUAAUGUGUCUGCAAGAUGGACACUGGACUGUGAUUGGUGUGACAUCAUUCGGGAUUGGCUGUGGACGUCCUCAGAGACCUUCAGUCUACGCCAGAGUCUCUGCCUUCACGUCCUGGAUCGCCCAGACCAGACGCUCCUCCACCUCCUCCUCCUCCUCCUUCUGAUGAUGAAGAUGAAGUUGCUUCCUGUGUUUGAUUCUUUUAAUAAAAUAUUGAAUGAAAGCAGUUGAUUCCUCUCAGUAAUAAUCAUUUCAUUAUCUGUGAUUCAGUAAAAACAAAAGUAUCUGAUAAUGAAGUAAAAGAAUAAAUCGUGUUUUAUAUCAAAUGUUUUUACUUGAGGUCAUAUUUUUAUAUAUGUAUAUCUUUGAAUUGGAGCACACCUUGAUAAAGAGAUAGAGAUCAGCCAUAACUUUAUAACCACCAGGGUGUGCUGACUGUCAGCAGCACCGACUCCAGAUCUGAAUUAAAUAACAAAGUUAAUGAUUGAAAGCAGUGAAUUCUGGGAUUUUACUGGCAGAGGUAUGGAUCGGCAGAUCAAUAUGUAGUUUAACUUGUUAACCUAUAAAGCUCUUCAUGGUCAGGCCCCUUCAUAUCUUAAAGAGCUCAUAGUACCCUAUUACCCCACUAGAACACUACGUUCUCUGAAUGCUGGGCUACUUGUGGUUCCUAUAGUCUCUAAAAGUAGAACAGGAGCCAGAGCCUUCAGUUACCAAGCUCCUCUCCUGUGGAACCAGCUUCCAGUUGUGGUUCUGGAGGCAGACACCCUCACCACAUUCAAGAGUAGGCUUAAGACAUUCCUCUUUGAUAAAGCUUAUAGUUAGGGCUGGAUCAGGUGAGUCCUGAACCAUCCCUUAGUUAUGCUGCUAUAGGCCUAGACUAUCGGGGGAUUUCCCAUGGUGCACUGAGCUCCUCUCUUCCUCUCUCUUUCUGCACUCAUUCAUGUUCCAUUAAUGCAUGUUACUAACUUCACUUCUUCCCCGGAGUUCUUGUGCUUUCUCGUCUCGCAGGUUCUCAUGGAUCCUGGUGGAGCCUCCUGCCAUGGUCCUGCUUGACUGUGCAUCUGUCUGCCUCUCUGCCUCUCUCUCUCUCUCUCUCUCUCUCUCUCUCUCACCCUCUCUCUCUCUGUCUCUCUCUCUCUCUCUCUCUCACCCCAACUGGUCGAGACAGACGACCACCCACCUAGAGCCGGAGGAUCUGUCCUAGGUUUCUGCCUUUUAACAGGCAGUUUUUCCUUGCCCUUGUCUCCAAGGUCUUGCUCAUGGUGGUACUGUUGGGUCUCUGUAAUUAAUGUUAAAGAGUUCGGUCUAGACCUGCUCUAUUUGAAAAGUGUCCUGAGAUAACUUCUGUUAUGAAUUGGCGCUAUACAAAUAAAAUUGAAUUGAAUUGAA